AUGCUUUUUGGGAGAUUCGAUUCCAUUAAGAAUAACAUGAGGAGUGAUGUUAUGUAAAUAUAUAUGCCUCUUCUUUUUUUCUUUCUCUCUAUACCACAGGCACGGCCUUCACCAAUAAAUCUAUGACGGCUUCUUCUGAAAAUUGCAUCUCAAGCCAGAGUUCUCUUACCAAACUCGCUCCACUUGAAGCAGUGCUCUUUGAUAUAGAUGGAACACUUUGUGAUUCUGAUCCGCUCCACUACUAUGCCUUCCGUGAAAUGCUUCUAGAGAUUGGGUUUAAUGGAGGUGUUCCUAUAGAUGAGGAAUUCUUUAUUGAGACUGUAGCUGGUAAACACAAUGAUGAUAUAGCCUUGGCUCUCUUUCCUGGUGAUCUUGAACGAGGUUUAAAGUUUGUAGAUGAUAAGGAAGCCAUGUUCCGGAGAUUGGCAGCAGAGCAAUUGAAGCCUUUAAAUGGCCUUGACAAAGUGAAGAAAUGGAUUGAAAAUCAUGGGUUGAAGAGAGCUGCAGUUACCAAUGCUCCAAGAGCAAAUGCAGAACUCAUGAUCUCACUACUUGGUCUCUCAGAUUUCUUUGAGGCUAUUAUUAUUGGUGGUGAAUGUGAACAUGCCAAGCCUCACCCAGACCCCUACCUGAAAGGUCUUGAAGCUCUGAAGGCAUCAAAGGAUCACACAUUUGUAUUUGAGGAUUCUGUUUCAGGGAUCAAAGCUGGAGUUGCAGCUGGGAUGCCCGUUAUUGGUUUAGCUACUCGAAACCCAGAAAGCUUAUUGAUGGAAGCAAAGCCUGCCUUUCUGAUUAAGGAUUAUGAUGAUCCAAAAUUGUGGGCUGCUUUGGAAGAACUUGACAAGGCUGGUGCCCCUUCGGUUUGAAUUAUUAGUGCAACUGACAGAAUUUCAUGAUAAAAACAAGUAGAAGGAUUCAUAUUAAAUUCACAGGUUCGCCUGCAUAAUUUUGUUGUAGGUGGGCCACAUUAUAAUAUUAGUCCAUAAUUGUUGUUGCUUUGCAACCGAGAGCAAACAGUUAUAUUCUAUUUGUAUUUGUAAUAAUGUCAUUGUUUAGUUAUGAACCCGUGGGUCUAGCCAAUGAAAUUGCAGUGUCCGAGUGUAACAUUUUUAUACUUUACAGAAUCCAAUCCCUCGCAAAUAAUUUAGAGUAUAUAAUUUACAUUAA